AUGCGCGCUCACUUCGAGCCGAAAUUCUCGCAUCUGGCAAGCCUGGACAUGGCAAAUACAUUCGAAAUGGAGAUCGAGGGUUGGGCCGACAUGCUGUCAAAGAGUCAUGCUCUUCGUGAAAAAGAGGUCACGCUAGGCUCAUUUCAGCGAGAUGCCACUGAGGCUUGCCGGUAUCUGCCUUUUCGCUUGACAGGGCUAACAGUAUAUGGGGAAGCGCUCGACGAUGAGACAUACCAAGACCUGGUGCAUUUGAAUGACCUCCAUGAAGAGGUGAUGCUCGAUGCUUUCUUUGGCAAACUCACCGUCUCGAAUAUCUAUAAUAUCCUUCCCACACAGUCGAAACGUCGACUGGACACAUUCAAAUCGAAGUGGGAAAAACUGAAUCUCGACAUUGUUGCGAAAGCAAGAACGAAUAACUUUCACUGCCCUGCUGAGCGCAUUUACAAAGGUGUUGAAUCUGGAAAGAUGUCAAAAGUCGAGUUCCUGGAAACCAUGGACGAGUUGUUAUUUACAAACAUUGAUGUGACGUCAACUGUUCUUGCAUUUCUCCUCAUCAACAUCGCGGCCAACCAAACCUUCCAGUCGUUAUUGAGGGAUGAAAUUGCGGCAAAGCAAAGCCAGCCAUCAUAUAACCUAAGCGAUUACGUAUUGGAGAAGAAUAGCCUUCUUCAUUAUGCUGCAAUGGAAUCUGUCCGCAUGAGUCCGGCACUAUGGUUUUCCCUGCCCGAAAAGACAGCAGCCAAAAAGGUAAUCGGAGGCUAUCUGAUUCCUGCCAAGACGCCCGUGGUCAUUGACUGGAAACGCCUAAACACCACUCCGGCCAUUUGGGGCUCCGAUGGGGAACAGUUUCGUCCCGAGCGGUUCGCCGACAUCUCGCCUACAGCUUAUCGAUACGGCUUGCUGCGCUUCGGUAUGGGCCGCGGUCGGUGUCUCGGAAAGAAUAUCGCUGACAUGAUGCUCAAAAUGGCGGCCGUGGCUAUCGUGCAGCGAUUUUCCAUGGUGCCGGCUGGUAAAGAGAAGGGUACCAGGCAGGACCGGUUCACGGUGACAUCAGAGCAGGAGAUUGAGUUUACUCCUUUGAGUCAAACGAAAUGA